GCAAACACAGCUCCUUCCCGUCUGCCCCGUACCGUGAGCGGCAAGCGCUGGCGCUCAGUCCCCGCUGCAGUAGGGCAGGGCUUGGCCGUGCCCCUACCUCCCUUCCCCCGUUUCGGAGGCUCCGGGCACCCUCGCUGGGGCGCGGGACCGCGUGGUCCAUGCCCGACCCCCCGCCCCGUGCCGUCCAGCUGCGGGGCGGGGGGCGGUUUUGGGGCGGGUUCCUGCAUCUCCCGCCCGGCAAACGCCCGGGCAUGGCAGGAUUUCUCCGAGCAUCUCGGCAUGUCUUCCCAGCACACCUGUCUUCAGAAACAGCUUCAUAACUAUGUAAUUUAAAACUUGAAGUGUGAAAGUGAGCCGGUUCUGCAAAUAAAGUCAAAGAAGUUGGGAGCAGAAAAAAAGCAAGAUGAACGCAUCUGGAGGAAGCUGUGGGAGCCCUAGUUCUGCAGAACCUACAGGAGAUCUCUUCAAGGACUUGUGGUCCAAACUGAAAGAAUGUCAUGAUAAAGAAGUACAAGGCCUACAACUGAAAAUAUCUAAGCUGAAAAAGGAAAGAUGCUUGGAUGCAGAGAGGCUUGAAGAGUUUUAUACCAAGAACCAACAACUCAGAGAACAGCAAAAAGCGCUUCAUGACACUAUCAAAGUUUUAGAAGACAGAUUAAGAGCAGGAUUAUGUGAUCGCUGUGCUGUAACUGAAGAACAUAUGAGAAAGAAGCAGCAAGAGUUUGAAAAUAUCCGGCAGCAGAAUCUGAAACUUAUCACUGAGCUUAUGAACGAAAAAAACAACUUACAGGAUGAAAAUAAAAAGAUAACUGAACAGUUCCAGCAAUUACAGAAGGAGUUGGAGGAGCAAAAGCCACAAGCAGUGGAGUUAGAUGAAGGACUCAUUCCAGAUUCUCCAGUUCUGACUACUUCAUUUUCUGUGGUUAAUCGUAUGAAAAGAAAAAAAGAAAAUAGGCAUAUCCGAUACACAGAACACAGACACCCAGAUUUGGAACUUGGAGGCAGCAACAGUGAGUUUGGAAAAAUUCCACUGUAUUCCACACAAGUCAACAGUCACCAUGGAGAAGAAAUACUAGUGGCAGACACCUGUGAUCAACAACUAUCCCCUAUACCAAAUAAGCCAAGGAUGGGAGGCUAUCCUGUUCCAAAGCCAUCUUUUAACUUGGCUGCAGUUGUGGCAGAAACAAUUGGACUUGCUGUUCAAGAGGGGUCGGAGUCCCAGAGUGUACUGAGUCCUCCCCACAUUAAUACUGUUAUGAGCCAGGCCCCAGAGAACACGCAGUCUGAAGACUCAAGAAAACAUCCAGCUUCUGAAUCAAGAAAUGAUGACAACAAUUUAGGUCUUUCAGAUCCAGCUCAGAACACUCCACCACAUGUUAACUGGGAUUCUCAGGUAGCCUCUCCUGUUUUUGGAGCUUCUAGCAGUAUGAAGAACAACUCAAGUACAAGUCAUACCUCUUGUAUUUUAGAUUCAGGAUUGAAGCCUAAUCUGAAAACCAACCUCUUCAACAAUCCUUCCAGUUCCAAAUCUCAUAAAAGUAGAUCAAAAUCUGAAGAUGUUGCUUUUGUUGCACCACUGAAUCUUGGAGCUGAAAUGAACUCUGUUAUCAGCCAGGCCAAUAGGCACAUGGUUGUGAAAAAGAAUACUAAUGAGGCUGUAACCUGUGCUGGAAACACAUGUGCAGCUAAAAAUGAGGUGAUCAAGAGUGAUUUCCUUCUGGUACACCAGAGGCAGCUAGAAAGUAGGUGUGCUAAGAGAAAGAAAGCUGAAGAUGAGCAUGCACUGAGCUGUGAAAAAACAUCCUUCAACAAAGAGAACUCUGUGCCCUUUCGAUUAGACAUUCAGCAUAUUAAUGGGGAACAUACAGUUGAUAAGCCCUUGGAUCUGUCUGAUCGCUUCUCUGGAGUUCGUUCUCAAGAGAAAAAACAAGGAAGUGAGGAGACCUGUAAAAACAGACUGAAACAGGUGACUCUGCAUGACAUUUUUUUACAGCUAGGGAAGCCCAUUCCUGAAGGUUCAUCAUCCAUUCGAAAUGCCAACGAGAGUUGUUUGUUUGGUGGAGAUUUACAAGAGGAAUCCUAUGUACAAGAAGCAGUGCUGGGAAAAACAUUCCCAGAUAAGAAAAAACAAAUCCAAAUGAAAGAAGAAGUUCCUGCCUUCGAAACCGUGCCACUGCCAAGUUCUGCAGAGACAGAGCAGCUUUUUGAUGACGUGAAGGUUGCCAGUGGCCAUGUGCCAAAUAGAAAGAAAACAAGAACAGGACAUGGAGAGUCUGAACCAGCAUCUGUACUUCAACCAAACCCUUGUAGACUAUCAAGAAAUAAAGCACUGCAAAAUGAGCAAGACCUGAAAGAUAAGCCUUUAGAAAACCUACAGUGGAGCAUAGAUCCAGGAGCUGACCUUUCACAGUACAAAAUGGAUAUUACUGUGAUUGAUACAAAGGGUGGCUCUCAGUCAAGAGUCGAAGGGGAAGUGGUUGAUAUGGAUUACACGUAUGUCAGUGAAAGUGUGCUAUCAAAAAUGAAAAAUCAAGAGCAAAACCAGGAAGGCAGUCCAAGAGGAGAAAAAAACAUGAAUGAUACAAUAACAGAAAUGUUUGAUCGGACAUCCCAUGAAGAAUAUGAAUCCUGCCUCCCAGAAGAUAGUCCUUCUGGAUGUGAUGAAAAAGAAACUCUCCAUGACGAAGAGCAGGAUGAGGGAAUAACAGCAACAAACAAGAAACUAAAGAAACACGAGGAUAAACAAGAUAAAACCAAGCAGAAAGCUUUUGUGGAGCCAUAUUUCAAAAGUGAUGAAAGAAAGAAUACUGUUUUAGAUUUUCCUCAUAUUGAGGUUAUUCGAAAGAAAGAAGAAAGAAGAAAAUUGCUUGGCCAUACUUGUAAGGAAUGUGAAAUAUAUUAUGCCGACAUUCCAGAAGAAGAGAGAGAAAAGAAACUAGCUUCCUGUUCGAGACACAGAUUUCGCUACAUUCCUCCAAAUACUCCUGAAAAUUUCUGGGAGGUUGGAUUUCCUUCCACUCAAACUUGUGUGGAAAGAGGAUAUAUUAAAGAAGAUCUCGCUCCCUGUCAACGUCCAAAAAGACGGCAACCAUAUGCUGUAAUGUUCUCACCAAAAGCCAAAGAGCAGAAGACAUAAAGGGUGGGGAAGUAAGGCACAUCAACUUGAAGAGAUCUUUCCUGUCCUUAGAUAUUUAUAGUUAAUAUAAACUUGAAAUAAAGAAACUGUGUUUUCCACGAUGAUAGAUAAAUCAUUAAAUAUGUAAAUUUUAUAAAACUUGUUUGAAAAUCUGAUAUACAAGGAAACAAAACUAUUUUUGUUUCACAUUUUGUUAAUACAUUUUGUAUUAAUUUUUGCACCUGUCCGACAAUGAGUCUCCCAUUUUUUUCUUUGAAGUCAACACCUAAAAUUCCAGCAAAUCCUGGACUUUGUGUCAGUGAGUCAUAGCUCUGAAGUCACUGAAAUCAGUCAUUCUUGCAAGGUCUAAAUGCCUGUCAAUGGGAACCAAAAUGCAGAUUUUGUAGGAUGUUUUUAUUUUGCACUGGAUUUUUUUUAUAUAUUCUUUCUCUUUUGGCAAAAAUGGUUAUAUCUACUUUGUAAUAAAGCUGUAUUAAAUAUGAAAGGUAUCUACUGUUAAUAGUUUGGAGGUAUAAAACCCAUUUAGUCUAAGUGUCUUUCUUAAAUUUUUGUAUUAAAUGUAUAGCACCACAUUUUUCUCAAGAUUUAAGUUAGAAUAUUCAACAUUUUUUUCGCUAAUUUAGAUUUAUUUGUAUAUCUGUGUCUCCUUAAUAAGGAGGUAAGCAUUGUUAUUUCUGAAUUUGGAAGACAGCUGUGCUCAGGAGUUCUAGGUGAGAGCCACUGCUGUCCACUAGAUUAUGAAGGAUUCUCCAGAGGUGUUUUACAUUAAUUCCUCGUUGCAGGGGAUAUAGUUUCAUACUUGUGUUUGGACAGUAGAAGCAUACAUUAUCACAGAGGCAGAGUAAUGCUUUUUCAUAUAGGCAGGCUAAAGAUCAGUAUAAGAUGCUUAAGUAUAAAAUAGCAUUCUAGAAUAGAAGGCAGUGUUCAGACAGUGGACAAUCAGAAUUGGGUUCAAGCAGUGAGAUUGCUCUUUAAAAAGAGAUCAUAAAGCAAGCUACUGUUUAAAAGCCUUAAACCAAAGUAAAAGAACAAAGUACAGAUAUUUUAUUUAUAUGGAGAGAGUAAAAAAGAAGUGUUUGUACUUUCUAUUUUUGUUUUUUAUAUAUAUGUUUGUGUGUGUGCGUGUAUAAAAGGUAUGCAUUUAAAAACUUGGUGGAAAGGACCAAUUAAUUCCAGGCAUAGUUAUUUAGGAGUGUCAGUAGGCUCUGCUGGGGGAGAGGUUAUGACAUUCUCCGAAAAAGAAAAGUAAAAAGAAAAUUGAUUAUUUUAACUGUAACAGUAAGUAACAAAAUCCUCUUAGGCUGAAAUCACAGGCCUUGCAGAAAAAUAGAAGAUGAUGUGUCACUAGGCACUGUCCCCAUCCUACCUGCUGAGCUGAUUGAUUUGUUGUAGCAUUUCACAGGGAUAUAUCCUAAGGAGUAGUGAAAGCAUACAGCCAAAUAACAAUGAAAAUCUUUAGUAAUUUGCAUAUAUAUUAACACAUGCUGACAAUAAAUCGCUGCAUACUGUAAAAGUUCAAAGAAUCCAUGCCAAGGUAAGUAGUUUCCUGAAAAUUAGAAAAUAUCAAAGAAAAUUAACAGGUGCUGCCGAAAAGGUGGAAUUCUUGCAGUUAUCUUGAAAAUUGUUUUAAAACAACUAUUACAUGCUCCAAAUAAAUAUGUAUCAAUGAAAAAAGUUUUGACAAAGAAAAGGUGGUAGGAGGCUGCUUUUACUUAGGAAGAGCCUUUACAAAGUAGAAGUUACAUCCACAAAAAGAAAAGCAGAGGCACGUUGUCACUCAUGAAAUGUAAAAUUUGCUCUAAAGCAGGCUAUAUGAAAAAGUUUAUCUUAAAGAAUUAAUGAUAAAUCCUACUUUUAAGAACUAUCAGAGUAAACUUCACAGUAAGUUGGCAGAGUAAAUGACCAAACUAUAAUGGGAACAUUUAAAGGUAAGGUGGAAAAAGCUGGGAUUUUUUGCACUGAUGUUCAUUUUCGAAAUGCUAAAGAACCUUCCUUUGCAGGGAGGGUGGAAAAUGCAGAAAAUGUCAAGAAAAUGUGCCAGCAAGCUAGUUGGACUGGGGGCUGCUUCCCUGGAUUCGAAAAUGAGAAGAAACUGCCAGCUCCCGACUGUAGCAUGGAUCUUGUCAUUUAGAGCAGUUUUGAUGGUCAGGGAGUACAAAGUGACAAUUCUGCCAUCAGGUUUUUAAAAGUCUUCAAGGUUAGUGGAGAUGCAGCCUGAUCGGUUUUAUGGAGUAUUGGAAACAGUGGGAUAAUUGGUAAAAGCAUAGUGUACAAGAUUUGCAGACCUCUGGAUAAAUACAAUGUGUGAAGAAUCGAUGCUUUUUAAAGGCAAGUUAUCCUGUUUGUCUCUAGAAAGAAAGUGUGGUACAGCUGACAACUCAUAGUAGAACCAACCUGUCAUAAUAUAAACAUAGAUUUGGUCAUAGAUUAUGCCUGCUUAAAGGUAUCUCUAAUCACCACAUCAGAAGAGAAUUACUGUGGGAUUCUCCUAAGGCCUGUUACAUUCAGCCCAUUUAUAAGUGUUUUGAGAAAGGGUGGAGGGCAAAGUAGAAAGUUGAUUAAAUUAUUAACUGUGCAGGUAGAACUAGAAUAUAGAACAGGACGGAAUCUGCAGAGCUGAAGGUAAGAUUUAGUCUGAAAAGGAGACGCAGGAGAAGGGGUACGAUAGAUGCCAAUUAAGUCAUGAAGUGUGGAAACUAAAUAGGAGGUGUUGCUCACUAAGGGGCAGCAGGCAGCAGGUUUAGUUACAAGCAGAAAGGAGCAUCUUCCUACCUAACAUAACUGAACCGUGGAUUAUGCAAGGAACUGCUGCAGGAUGUUACGGACACAAAAAGCUUGUGCAGGCUAAAAAGAAUAUAAAGUAGAAGUCAUUUAAGAUGAGUUAAAUAUAGUAACACUGCCCCAGGAGUUUUUUUCAAUUAGCCUACAGGAGGCUAAGUUCUUGGUAUGUAAGAGCUAAGAAUGUACUACAAUUGAGUAUUUUAGUAAUACACACUUCUUUUCUUUGAAUGGCAGUUAGUGUCGGUGAGGAUAGUACUGCUCCACUAGAGGACAGCAGGGAACUGGUUUUGUGUGUAAAACACUGUAAGAAGUGCCCUUUAUUACUCUUUAGUUAGCCAUUUUUUUAAGACUUGAUUUACCUUUAAAAAUUUAGAUUUCUUGUCUAAUUCAUCCAACGCCAGAAAAAAUAUUUCACUUUUGAAAACCAAACUUAAGCUUGACAAGUAAGAGAUCAAUUUAAAAAAAAAAAAAAUCUAAAAACCAGAACAGAAAGAGAACAGCUGAGAUAGGAAUUUCUCUUACCAUAGCCUAAAGAAAUGCCAGAAGCCUGAGCAGCUUUUAUGUAAUUUAUGGGUAUAAACUGGAGAGGGGCAGAUUUAAGCUACACAUUAGGAAGAAUUUCUUCACUAUGAAACAGGUGAGGCACUGGCACAGGUUGCCCAGGGAAGCUGU